AUGGAAGGAAGCAACGCUUUUCUGCCCCAGGAGAGCAUCAUCAACAUUCUCAAGAGACUUCCGGUGAAAUCCCUAAUCCGAUUUCAAUGUGUCUGCAAAAAUUGGAAAAAUCUCUUGAAGGAUCCAUUGUUCAUUGUGGAUCACCUCCACCACUCCAGUCAGCAACUUUCUUUUCUCUAUCAGAGCAACAAUCAGCUUUACUUGCGUUCGUUCCAUUGCGACUUUCGACAACGUGAAGUCCAUAACCCACCUGUGAUCGAUUACUGCUUGUCCAGUUUUAGUACUCGUUCAGAUGUUCGGAUCAUUGGUUCCAGCAACGGCUUGCUCUGCGUUGAACUCUGCGGCUAUUAUAGGUCUUAUUAUUGCCUUGUACUAUGGAAUCCAGCCAUUAAGGAGGUAAGAGUGGUACCCAGAAGAACUAUUGCUUCUGAGAGACCGUUUUUAAUAGGAUUUGGGUUCAGUUCUAUUGCUAAUGAUUACAAGAUAAUUAAGAUUCGUAGUUCAUAUUGGAACUACACGCUGGGUGUGAAUGGAGUGUUAGUGUAUACAUUAAGCACAGGGUUGUGGAAAGAGGUAGAAUUUGAGAACAUAAAGCAUCUAUCUACUUAUUCUGAAGUAGCCACUGCUAAUAAUGGAGCCAUUAUUUGGCUUGCGAACAAUUUGAAUGAUGAUGAUGGUAUGCUAGUCUCAUUUGACAUGGCAAUGAAAGUGUUUACAUUAAUACCAAUGCCUGCUUUACCACCUUGGUCAACUUCUAUUCCUACUUUUUAUGAGAACAAACCAGCUAUUCUUUCUUACAAUAAAGAGAUAGGAACCUCUAAAUCUGGUUUCAUUCAUUUGUGGGUGGUUGAGGAGGAUACAUGUGCUUCUGGAGGAGGCAAAUGGACUUGGAAUAAAAUAUACAGCGGCAACCGCUAUCUCCAUCCAUACUAUUUAACUCCACUGAACAUUUGGAGGAAUGAAAUUGUUUGCACAGUUGGUUUUCUGAGUGAGCUCGUUUGGAGAACUGAAAAAUAUGGUGAAGCCUGGGAGGAUGAAGGAAGAACUUCAUGUUUGUUGAAUCCUACCACUAAUGAAUUUAAGAAAUUUGUUAUGAACAAUUAUAGUAGUGGCUUUAGAAUCUUGGAUUAUGUGGAAAGCCUUGUAUCAGUUGGUAACAUUGACGUUGAAGAACCUUGA